CUUCCGUAGUAAAUCCCCUUCCCCCUGUCUCCUGCUCCUCACAGCAUGGAUCCUUUCUCCAACUUUAUGUCGGUCUUAUAGUCAUAGUUUUCCACUGCCUUGACAGUAACAGUCUUCGUCUGGAUUCCGUUACCUCACCUGGUGACUAUGUUUACCACCACCGGUUCUCGGGGCCUGUACAAGGCUCCUCUGUCUAAAGGCCUCCUGCUGGUUCUCAAUGGGCUGACUGUGAUGCUCCUCCUGCUGCCACAGUACCAAGAGCUGUUAGUGUACAACCUGCAGGCUGUCACACAGCAGCACCAGGUGUGGAGUUUGUUGUUUGGCAGGCUGGUCUGUCUAGACGUGAAGGACUCCUUCUGUAGCAGCCUGCUCAUUUACAACUUCCGCAUCUUCGAGAGGAGGUUUGGCACCAGGAAGUUUGCCUCCUUCCUGUUGGGCACUUGGUGUAUCUCUGCUCUGAUGGACUUCCUGCUGGCCCAGGCUUUCCAGUUUCUGUUUGACUAUGAGGUGGAGGAACUGCCUGCAGGACUGCUCGCUCCAGUCUUCUCUCUGUUUGUGCCUUUCUACCGGUUGAUCCCCAGGGUGCCAGUCACCCAGGUCCUGGGCCACAUCCACAUCACCAACAAGUCUCUGGUCUACAUAGUGGGCCUGCAGCUGUUGACCUCCAGUCCCUUCAUGUGGCUCCUUGCACUCAGUGGACUGAUCUCCGGUGCCCUGUACCACUCCAAUGUUCUCUGGUUACAGAAGCUCCUCUUCGUACCCGCCUGGGUGUCUUUUAUUGGACGGUAUAUUCUGGAGCCGAUCUUCUCAAGCUCCCAACCGAGCAGUGAGACACCCGUGGGUAUGGGUGCAACUCUGGACAUCCAGAGGCAGCAAAGGAUGGACGUGCUGGACCAGCAGCUGCUGCUGGCCCAAUACAACGAGUCCAGAAGGAACAACAGACCACAGCCACAGUCUGGGUUGCUACAGUGGACCAGGUUUUUCCCCUCCCUGAGACAAAGAGGACAGAACCGCCCCCCGGUCCAACCCCGUCCCGAGGCUCAGACGCCCCCACCCACACAGUCCCCUCUGUUGGAAAACUCUCCUGUUGUAGAGGAGCAAGUUGCUCUGUUAGUGGAAAUGGGCUUUUCCAGGACUGAUGCCCUUGAGGCCCUUAGAGCUUCAAACAAUGACAUCAACAUGGCAACUAACUUCCUCUUGCAACACUGAGUGAGAGAGAGAAAAAAAAAAAAACAGAAUUGAAUGUGGACAGAGAGAGAAAACGGGAAGAGAAGCAACCAAAGCAGAGGAGCAAAAAGCAAAACGCAGAGAGUGAAAGACCCGUGAAUGAUGGACAAUUUUGUACAGAUAAUCUGAAGUCUGUGGCACUGCCCGCUGAAGCAGUUGUUAAGCUGACUCAACCUGAACCGAGCCCGGUUGCAGGCUGAUUAUUGAAGAGGUGUGAAGCACAAAGUGUAAGACGUUUGCGUCAUAGCUUUCUGAUGGCCGUCGUGGUGUGAAACAGGCGCUGUAGCUCCAGGCAGACAAGUUAGUCCCUUUAACUCUGAGGGGUUCCCUAUGGAAAAUAUAGAGAAAGCAAACAGGAGUAUUUAGUGCAGUGGAGGGAAUAUAAAGUGGGUUAUUUCAUUAAAACGACUGAAAAACACAAAUCAGCUGAGAUCCAACCCACCGUCUCCACAGAGAUACCAACUAACAAUAAUAGUUUUUAAUAACCCACUGUCAUGUUCUGCCACUCUGCCUCCUACUUCUACUGUGUGACCGCCAUCUUAUAUCCUGAUGACGGGUUAGAGGUGAUAAGUAUGACAUGGAAAACAGAUAAAGAACAAGGUACACAAGGUUUUGGAGACAUUAAGUCGUGCUUUCAUCUCAUUUGGAUAAAGUAAAAGACUUUAUGUUUGGGAUUUCAGUCCAUCCACUCUUAGUUUUUUGUUUUUCAAUAAAACUGAGGAGUGAAAAUAUUAAGCAGCGCCUGCUAGAAGUUAGUUUUUUUACUCCACAAGGAGGUGUCCAUGAAUCCAUGAACAAUAUCACCUACUUUACCAUGGUUUUAUUACACAGCCGGUAUUUCUUUAUGUUGGCAGUGCUUUGUGGAAUUCGCCGGGCUCAACCCUUUCCUGCUUGAUAUGUGUUAUUGAAGCAGUUAGCCUGCUUGACAGCUACUGUAGGAGCCAGAUUUCUUCCAUUUGUAACUCCAGCUAUCUCAGGAUCUAUGAGGCGACUGCUUCUGUAAAUUACAUAAUCACAUUUACGGACGUGAGUGCCCACGCACACAUGCACAGUAGCCCUUAAAAGGAGGAGGUCAUGUUCCCACAGCCUUGACUGUCAUCGUUUUCAUGCAUUCACUCCUCAAGGUUGUUUUCUAUUCUGUCUUAACUGAGUUAGAGUCUUUUCUCUGCCAACACAUGUCUGAAUCAUAGCUGCUCUUCAAAGACAGAUUGAUAUUUAUUAUGCAAUAUCAUGACAAAGUGAAAUUUAUGGAGACUAUGCACUGCAUAGAAACAUAGAAACCACUUUGUGUAAAUAAACGUGCAAACAUUUUGUGCAAGAGAAGUAACAUUUCAGCCGCUAUGUAUUGAUGUCAAAGACAGAUGCUAGUUUUAUAUUUGUGCAUAAUAAUAUUGAUAAUUUAUAACCACUGAGAUGAGUCUGUCAUAUGUCAGUGAUAUAAUAGUCUAUGGGUGUGAUGAGGGAGUUGUUGCAUGGACAACUUUCUUAUGAACUGUAAUGAAUCAUAUUUUAUCUGUGGAAUAAAUCAAUUUGCAGACGGAAUUAAUUUUGGCCCAUAAAAGGUUUGCAUCAUGGCACUGACAUGUUUGUAAAUAACAGUCUAUGGUGAUGUCUGUAUUGCUUAUCACACUGUAAUGCAUGCUGGUACGGAGUUUGCUGAGUGUUCAUUUUAUCUGCUACCACCACCCACAAUUUCUAAUUUUCAAAGUGGAGAAUGCAAUGCAGCCAAAGCCAAGUAUUAUAAUUCACAGAGAUUCAUUUUUGGAAAAUACAAAUACAAAAUUUCAUGAACAUUCUCUAAUGGCUUCAAUAUGAUUACCAGUUUGCAGGGAAUCACUAUGUCGUUGUGGUUCUAGUUUUAGACACAUGAUGGCACUCUUGUGAUAAGAUAAGACAUGGGUUCAUUUGUAUUAAGAGAAAAUGUUAAAUCACAGCACAGUAUGAGCAAUGUACGGGAAAUGAAAACUGAGAUUAUCAUUAAGACUGGCUUUUAAAAGUGAAAUUAAUGUAAUGGCUUGAUAAAAUACCCUGUGUCAACUAGGGAAAAAAAUGAAAA